UGCCCUCAACCAAGAUGGCGAAAGUAGGUUGUGCGAGUGUAUCAUGUCAUGUUUGUCAUUUCUGCUCUUGAAAUAAGAAUAUCUAGACCACCUUGUCAAGCAGAAGUGCUUCCAGACAGCUCACUGACUCGUUGGAGAGAAGUUUGGGUCUUGCGUAUGGAGAGAAUUCGGUAAUAUGGCGCUCGUGCAGAAGUGUCGUCUGCUAGGCCUGUGUAGCAGAAGACUGGCGCACAUGGCAUGCAUGGCACGAACAACAACACACCGUCCCUCGCUCUCUGCAAUUCUGUUUACCUCGGACUUUGUGCAACAGAACCAUCGCAUGGGUGUUUUUGCACGUUUUUCAAGUUCGCCCGGGGUGUGUGGCUUUGACAGCACGAUCUUCGCGUUGUCCUCGGGACAUGGAAAGUGCGGGGUGGCGGUGGUACGAGUGUCGGGACCCCGGGCAUCCUCCGCCGUCCGCCGGCUGACCAGGCGUCCGGUCCUGCCUAAGGGGAGACGAGCGGCGCUGAGGAGACUGUACGAUCCCGCAGGAGAACCGCUGGACAAGGGCCUGGUCAUCUGGUUCCCAGGACCCUACAGUUUUACAGGAGAGGACAGCUGUGAGUUUCACGUCCACGGUGGCCCCUCUGUGGUCACCUCCCUCCUGUUGGCCCUGGGGGGCAUGGACGGACUGAGACCUGCAGAGGCUGGGGAGUUCACCAAGAGGGCAUUCCAGAAUGGGAAGCUUGACUUAACGGAGGUCGAGGGUCUAGCAGACCUGAUCCACGCCGAGACAGAGGCACAGCGGAAACAGGCACUGCGCCAAAUGGAGGGAGACCUCAGCAGGCUGUACUCUGACUGGUCCAGGAGAUUACUGAAGUGUGUUGCCAACGUUGAAGCGUACAUCGACUUCAGUGAGGAUGAGAACAUUGAGCCUGGUGUGCUGGAUGACGUGGAGAGGGAGGUGUGUCGACUGAGGGAAGAGCUGGAGCGUCACCUUAGCGAUGGUCGUCGUGGUGAGAGACUGAGGAGCGGGGUGCAGGUGGCCAUUCUGGGCAGACCCAACGUGGGGAAGAGCAGCCUGCUCAAUGCUGUGUGUCAGAGACCUGCUGCCAUCGUCACCCCCAUUGCUGGCACCACCCGAGAUGUGGUAGAGUCCGCCGUGAACCUGGGCGGGUACCCAGUGUUGCUAAGCGACACGGCAGGACUACGGGAAACAGAGGAUGUUGUGGAGAAGGAGGGUGUGAGGAGAGCCAGGCAGAGAGCCCAGCAGGCUGACAUCUCAGUCCUGGUGUUGGAUGCUACAGAUGUCAUGGCUACCGUAUCCCGGCAACCAGGUCACUACCUGACCUUACAGCAGUACAUACAGGACCACAUCCCUGACCUUGGCCUACAGGGCACGACCUUUGACACGAAACAGACCAUGAGCCCUACGGACUCGUACCUUAUCGUGGUGAACAAGUCAGACUUAGUCAAUGAAGGAGGAAGUCUGAGAAGUCUGGUGGCGAGCUCGGAGCUCGCAACGGAAGGGGACAGAUCGAGAAGCGGAGACGUGUGUGUGAUGUCGUGUCUCACAGGGGAGGGCAUGGAUGGGUUCGUACAACUCCUGCAGCUCAAAGUCAAUCUCAUGUGUGGGAACCCCCUCGCAGGUAACCCCAGUUUCACCCAGGCUCGUCACCGGUCCCACCUGACAGCCUGUGUACAGGCGCUGUGUUCCUAUAGGGACACCAGCAGCCGGGACUUGGUCCUGGCAGCUGAGGAGCUACGGACAGGUCUGAGACACCUGGGGAAGAUCACGGGGAGGAUGGGCGCUGAGGAGAUUCUAGAUGUCAUCUUCAGGGACUUCUGCAUCGGGAAGUAAUGACAUAAGGGAUACAAAUGAAAGUUUGUGUUUGCAAGUAUUCGACUAAUGAUCUAAAUGGACCUCCUGCCCGACCACGGGUCAGAUCGUCCAAUGACUUAAUCUCUAUUUCGUAUAGAUAAUGUACAUGUGAUAAACAUGAAACCACACAGGAUAGAAAAGAGACCAUUUAUUUAUUCCACAGUCAGCCCAUCUUAAAUGUUGUCCCCUCUGGGCCAUGCUGCUAUCACGAAUACAAUAGUAUAUACAACUUUGCAUAGAAAAUAUAUACCUUAACCCCCGCUAUACACAUUCUAUAUUAUUAUAAAGCUGGCAGUGUGCAUAUGCAGCAUUACCAAAGAUCCACAAAAUGUUACCAAGUCUGUGUCUACUUUUCACUCUGUAAGCAAAACUAGAAAGGCGUAAUACAUGAAUACUGCUUUU